CUGCAUGGAUGAGCUAGGCCUGGUCUGUGCUAUUGAGGCUACUAAGAUCUGUAUAGAUGCUGUAAGUUCUUCAAAUUCUACUGAUCGUCGCAACUUUGUCAUGGUGAAUGUAGCUCAGUGCAAAUCUUUUCUUGAGGAAGUAUUGCAAAAACUUGCAGAAAGAUUGCCAGCAGAUUUUGAACUACUUUUGAAGACUGAAAAUGACUGUGCAGCGGCUGUACAAAAGGGUUACAUCUCUUCAAAGCUAUAUGAACUUAUUCAAAUCAUUCGGUCUCUUGGGAUGCCCAGCCAAGUAGUCUGCCUCAUCUUUGUUGAAAGAAAUAUUACUGCUAAAGUUUUGGAAAGGUUUAUUAAGAAUGUUUGUUUUUUAUCACAUUUCACUGUGUCAUACUUGGCUGGAGGGUCUUCUUCAGUUGACGCACUAACCCCAAAAACGCAAAAGGAUAUUCUGGACUCCUUUCGUUCAGGGAAGGCAAAUUUACUAUUUACCACCGAUGUGCCAGAUUGUUCAUGUGUAAUCCGUUUUGAUUUGCCGAAAACAGCUCGUAGUUACAUUCAGUCUCAUGGCCGAGCUCGACAAGCUGGUUCUCAUUACGUUAUCAUGCUUGAACGUGGGAAUUUGCAACAAAGAGAUUUGUUAUUUGAUAUCAUCAAGAAUAAGCAUUCAACGGUUGACAUCGCAUUAAACAGAGACCAAGACUCCCUUGUAUCUAUAGUGUCUAUUAAUGAAGAUUUAGGUGCUUAUUAUGUUGAUUCAACUGGAGCAAGUGUUACUGCUGACUCUAGUGUCAGUCUCAUAAAUACAUAUUGUCAAAACCUUCCAAGAGACAAGUACUUCACUCCCAAACCAAUUUUCAGGUACACUUUGGAUGCGGGUACUAUGAGUGCACAAUAACUUUGCCUCCAAAUGCUGCAAUUCAGACAAUAGUUGGUCGAGCUAAUCAAAAUUCACAUGUAGCAAAAAAGCUUGCUUGCCUGGAGGCUUGCAAAAGACUGCAUCAAUCAGGAGCACUUAAUGAUCAUCUUCUUCCUUGUGUUCAAGAGCACUUGGAUGAUGUGAAAGCUGAAAAAACUGGGGAAUCAGCUAAAGGAGCAGGAACAACGAAGAGAAAAGAAUUGCAUGG